AUUGUUGGUCGAAUUGAAUUUCUUUACAAUCAUUUUCGAUUCAGUUCAUAAUAUUUUACGCAUCAGAAAAGUUUGGUAGCAAAGUUUAGUCAUAUUUUUAAUUCAUUCACUUCUUAAAGAUGUUAAAAGUCCUUAAAGUAUAUUUGAAAAACUCCAAACAAUUACAAAAUGAUGAAAUUUAUUGCAUUCGACUUAGUUUCAAUGAAGAAUUGGAAACUUUAAAAAACAAAGUUUUCUUGAGAUGUCCAUUGUUGCAAAAUGAAGAUCCUCAAAUUUAUUGGUUUGACUUGGAAAACGAUAAAAUUAGAAUCACUUGUGAUGACGACUUGAAGUUUUUUAUGGAAGAAAGUGCUUGUCAUAAAGUCAUAUUUGAUUUUCGUCCUGAAACAGAACAAGAACUUUCUCGAAAACGAUCAUUGUCACAAAUUUAUGAUGAAAGUAUUGAAAGUUCUAAAAGAAUUCGAAAGCAAUUUGAAAAUAUUGUGUUGAGUUCUGAUUCAUCAUCGAUGGAAACUGAUGAUGAUGACGAUGAUGACUUAAGUUUUGUUGGCAACGUUUCUUCUGUAACAAAUUCAAAAAACUCUUCAAGCAACAAUAUUCCUGAACAGGAUUUAUUUGAUGCAGGCCCUUCCACAUCUGCUGGAAGAAAGAGUCCAAAUGUUAACAUUAUCAGCGUAGAUAUAAUCAAACCACUAUCAGAAGAUGAAAAUAUUAACAAAAAUGAAAAUGAAAUUCAGAUCAUAGACGAUGAAUCAAUUAAAGAAACUUCUCAAUCAAUCGAUGCAUCUGGUGAAGAAGUUGUAACAGUUCAAGAUGAAAAUCUGACUGCAAAAUCAAAUGAAACACUGACAAUCGAUUUACGAGGUUCGUCGGAUAAGAAAGAACAAACAGAGACAAAUCGCAUUGUAAUUUCUGACUCAUCCGAUGACGAAACAGAAUCAAAUAACAAUGAAAAAGAUCAACGAAAUCCCCAAGGACCUUCGGCUUCUGCUUCAAGUUAUUCGUUCACUAAUGUUAAUGGUGAAGGUUUUGAGAGUCAAUCGUUUUCCGGAAAUAGCAAUGGUCAACAUCAUUCACACAGUUUCAGACGUCAUUGGCGUCCAAAUACACAUCAUCGUGCACACAGUUUUAAUGAGCAGCGUCGUCAUCAUUUUGAUGAACAAAGGCAACAAUUUAGUGAACAGAGACGGCAAUUCGAAGAGCAAAUGCGUAACAUGAACAGAACUAACACAGAAAACAUGGAAAGAAUUCAACAACAUGCAAGAAUGGCUCGUGAACAUGCUGCUAGAGCUAUUAGGGCUUCAACGUCAGCAAUUCCUGAUUUAGUUUCAUCAUUUCAAGCUCAUUUUCGUCGACCAUUAUUCAGUGUUUCUGACUUGAAUCAGCAAAUUUUUGGCAACUUACACAGACGUUAAACAAGUCACAAAAAAUAUCUUCAUUGGGUUGGGUUCAAGUUUAUAAUGUCUAACAAGUAUAACUUCAUUUUCUUAAGCGACAUUGAAAAAUUAGUAAGGGAGAAGUAAAAAUGAACUAACUUAAAACAAAAUGAUAAAUAAAAGAUUUUUUAUAUCUAUAAAUCACUACGUUUAGCUACAGCUUUCGUGCAUCCACUCAUGAUCAAAUCAAAAUUAUGAAAAUCUAAAUUAUAAUCACUCGUAUAAUUCUAUUCUCGCC